AUGAGUGGACAUUUCUCCAUUGAGUGGCUGGCCCAGAGUAGUCAUGCAUCGGGCAGCACGAGCCCCUCGCCUCCCUCCUCUUCUUGGACAUCCGUUGCGGCUGGACCAACCAGCACCUCUGGGACCCACCCUGAGAGCUUGCCUGGGUUCUAUUGCCGACCAAGACCUGAGAAUCAGGAGAACCAGACAAAGAACCAGGCGAGGAGAGGACACAAGCUCAUCCUACACAGCAAUCCCAGCCUGGAAGGCUCUGAGACGGCUAAGAGGAGUAGCCCCCUCCACCACAACCACCAAGUAGUGGCUGAGACUGGCUUCAUUAGUGGAACGGAGGGGGAAACGUCGGGGUACGAGAGUGAGGGUGGGCGCUCCCUCUCCCCAACCACCCCCCUGGACAGCACCUCAAUAUUUACCUCCUCUUCUCCUCCAACGGGGAGGCGGCCACGUACAGCCUACACUGCGGAGCAGAUCAACAGUCUGGAGAGGGCCUUCAAGAGGAACGCUUACCUGGGCACUCGGGACAAGGUCGAGCUCUGCAAGAAACUCAACCUCUCAGACAAACAGAUCCGUAACUGGUUCCAGAACAGGCGUAUGAGGAUGAAGAGGAUGGUCCAGGACGCGCUGGCCCAAGCCUGCCAGGCUAAAGUAGCCUCUCACCUGCUGCACUAUCCCAAGCUACAUCCCUACAGCCCUUGCUCCUACCCCAACUACCAGCCCCACCAUGCAGGAGCAGAGGGGGGCGCUGCCACCCCAUACCUCCACUACAGCUCCUCCACGGCCGGCCCAGCCCUGCCCAGCCUCCCCCUGGACUCUUUCUACCAGUACUCCAGCCUCCCAGGCCUGGUGAUGCCCACUACUGGGUCCUACCCACUGAUUGGGGCCUACCAGCCUUACACUCACCAGUAUUGA